GUCGCCAUGCCAGACUAUACAGACGACGGGAGCUCCGAGAGCCAGCCUCUCCUGGAUUCUGAAGACAGCGAGAUUGACGAUGGACGCUCUCUUCGCCAAAGCACCCAAUGGGAGCGGCACGUCGAGCCAUCCUUGGCAACGGUUCAGCCUCAAGCUUUCGAGAGCGCCACCGUAUUCCGCCAGCGCUUCAUCCGCCAGAUUCUUGGCCUGAAUCCCUUCAAGACGUCCUACUUUACGCUGUAUAGACAGUUGGACGAUGCCAGCUCAAAGGCCAUCCUGGCCCUGGCCAUCAUGUUCGCCGUGCUGGCAGGCCUGCCACUACCGCUGAUAGGCGUCAUCCUCGGCCGCAUCAUCAACAAUUUCCCCCCGAAUGCAGACGAACUGAAACGUUUGCUUUUCCGCCUCAUGACAGUCGCCGUUGGCUAUUUCGUCGUCACGUGGGGCUGGGCUGUGUGCUGGGCUGUCACGGGCGAGCGCGUCAGCAGGAAGACUAGAGAAAGGCUUCUGCACCGUGCUCUCGGCAUGGACAUGGCUUACUAUGACACUGUUUCGCCCGACUUGUGCAGCAUCCUUACCGAAAAGACGCAGACCAUCCAGCUCGGAACUUCUGAGAAAGUCGGCUUGUUCAUUGCUUCAAUCAGCUAUUUCAUCUCUGCCUUCGCCGUCGGCUUCACGCUCAAUGCAAAGCUCACUGGAAUCAUGUUCGUGACAGUCAUACCUUCAAUGGCUUUUGUUGUUUAUUUCGGUACCAAGACCGUGUCCAAUCUGACCAAGCAAGCCUCAGCAUAUACUGAAAAGGCGUCUUCUGUUGCAGAAAGUGCUAUUCGAGCAGUGCAGAUUGUGCAGGCCUUUGGUCUUUUUGAGCGACUCAGCGACGAACAUGUGCAUUACCUUCGCUCCGCACUGAGAAUUGGCGUGAAGAAAAGCUUUGCGGGCGCCCUCAUGUUGGGCUCUGUCUAUUUUGUAGCCUAUGCAACUAACGCCCUUGCAUUCUGGUACGGCGAUCACUUGCGCCAUGGCAGCGCCGAAGCUGGAACCAUCUACGCCGUCGUCUUCCUCAUUCUCGAUGCCUCAUUUGUCGUUGGCUCGUUUGGGCCUUUUAUACAGACAUUCGCCAUGGCUGCUGCCGCCGGUGCUGCAGUAUCCGAUGUGCUCGACCACCCAACCUCGGAGAUUGAUGUAUACUCUGCCAAAGGGAAGCCUGCUCAAAAAGCCCAUUUUGAAAAAGAGUUGGUGCUCUCUGCAGUUUCGUUUGUUUACCCUGCUCGGCCUACUGUUCGGAUUCUAGACAGCGUUGAUCUUUGUCUGAAGCCUGGACAAGUAACAGGCCUCGUUGGCCCGUCGGGAUCCGGCAAAUCCACCAUCGCUUCGUUGCUUUUGCGGCUGUACGACCCUACCUAUGGCAACAUAAGCCUUGGAAGAGACAACCUCAAAUCAUUCAAUGUUCACACUUUACGCUCACAUAUUGCGCUUGUCACGCAAAACCCAGUUCUGUUCACAGGAACCAUCCUCGACAACAUCAAACACGGCAUUCCCCAAAGUGAGCUUCAAUAUCUCACCGAGGAAGAUAUUCUUGAGCGAUGCAAGACCGCGGCAGACGAGGCAUACUGCGACUUCCUCGACCGUCUUCCCGACGGAAUCCAUACUCAGAUUGGAUCUGGCCCGCAAUCCCAGCUUUCUGGUGGCCAAAAGCAGCGUAUCACCCUGGCUCGAGCUUUGGUGAGAAACCCGGCUCUGCUUCUUUUAGACGAAUUUACCAGUGCAAUGGAUGGCACCAGCGAAGCUAUAGUACUUGAAAAUUUGAAGCGUUCCUCCGCUGCCACCGGUCGAACCACCAUCAUCAUUGCGCAUCGACUCGCGACAGUGAGGGAUGCUGACCGCAUUAUUGUAAUGAGAGAUGGGACCAUUGAGCAAGACGGGCGGCAUGAAACUCUUGUUAAACAGCAAGAUGGGACAUAUGCCGAGCUGAUCAGAGCACAGCAAUUCGAAAAGGGACAUCCCUCUGCAGCUUCAUCUAUCCGCUCCAACGUGCGCUGCUCGCAUAAAGAGGACGCGCGAGCUCCAAACGGUAUCGAAGAUUCAGACUCUGCAGCCGUUACUCAAACAAGCAACCAGCCGAAAAUGAAAGCCGCUCAACUAAUUGGGAGAUCACUAGCGUUGAGUCGCCGCGAAGCACCAGCCAUUGUUGUUGGUCUCAUUUCUUCGAUUUUCAGCGGUGCCGUCAUUAUUGGAGAGGCGCUCAUUUUCGGCAACCUGGUGGAGCUUUUGAACGAUACCAGCGGAUCUGAUGAUGUCACACGUCAAAUAUCGUUUUAUUGUCUACUCUUCUUCGCCCUUGCGCUCAUCGCUUUGGCCUCUCAUUCUUUUGGGAAAACCGCUUUCGGCAUUGUUUCGGAGAACCUCACUCUAAAAGUGCGAGACGUAUCCUUCCGAACAAUACUGCAACAGGACAUUGCCUGGUUUUCCAAGCCGGGCCAUUCGUAUCACGCGCUCAUGUCACGUUUGAAUUCGGAUAGUGGAAGUAUCAGCGGAUUAUCUGGUGUGAUACUCGGGACAAUAUUUUCUAUUGCCACGUCGGUAAUAGGCGGCAUAAUUCUGGCUCACAUUGUCGCCUGGAAGAUUGCCAUCGUUCUGCUGGCAGCUGUACCCGUCAUGCUCCUCGCUGGCUUCCUCCGUCUCCGCAUCUUAGCCAUAGCAGAGGAUCACCACCAAACGGCAUACAAUGAUGCAGCAGCCUUAGCAUCUGAAGCAACGUCUUCAAUGCAGAUUGUUGCCGUCUUUGGUCUUGAAGAUCACUUUUUCUGGGCCUACAAGGAAGCGAUCAGGAAGCCGUACGAGGACCACCUCAGGUUCAGCAUGCUCGGAAAUAUCCUGCUUGCCUUUUCCUUGUCGAUUACCUACUUUGUCUACUCUCUGGCAUAUUGGUGGGGCUCUAAGCAAGUACGCAGCGGUAAUUACAGUCAGCGAGACUUCUUCAUCGUACUUCCAGCGUUGCUAUUUUCGGCACAGUCUGCAGGGCAGCUUUUCAGUCUGGCGCCAGAAGUGACACGAGCAAAGGCUGCUGCGCAAAAUGUGUUCUCGCUGCAUGACGAGAAGCCGACAAUCAUGACCGAGUGCCCAUCUUCGACGACUACUAGUGGACCGGAUUCGGGAGCAUUGCUGUCUGGGCCUGCAUCUUCGUAUGGUACGUUCGGUGUUCGAGGGGAGCUUGAAUUUCGCAAUGUCAGCCUCCAUUACGAGAGCCGGCCGACUGUCCCCGCGUUGAACGACGUGUCUUUUCAGAUCCGAACGGGCGAGAAUGUGGCCUUUGUUGGCCGUUCAGGGGCUGGAAAGUCCAGUACGAUCCAUUUGAUCGAGAGAUUCUUUGAUCCUACCAGCGGGCAGGUCUAUCUCGAUGGCCAGGAUAUACGCAAAGAAGCUGUUCGUGAUCACCGUGCGCGUCUAGCGCUUGUGGAGCAAGAACCAGAUCUGUUUCCCGGCUCUGUCAAAUUCAACAUUAGCCUCGGCAAUCGUCCGGGCACCAGCAGCAGCGAUGCGGACAUAGAACGCGUUGCUAAAGAGUGCGAACUUCACGACUUCAUCAUGAGCUUGCCAGAAGGGUACAAUACGGAGGUUGGAGCACACGGCUCCAAGCUCUCCGGUGGUCAGCGUCAGCGUCUCGCCAUUGCACGAGCACUCAUUCGCGACCCUGAGAUCUUGCUGCUGGAUGAAGCAACAUCGCAGCUGGAUGCAAACACUGAGCGGGAAAUACGGAGAGCCAUUGCGGCAGCUUCCAAGGGCCGAACGACCAUUAUGAUUGCGCAUCGGCUGGCUAGCGUACAGCAUGCAGACCGCAUCUUUGUGUUUGACACGGGACGUAUUGUUGAGCAGGGCAGACACGAAGAGCUUGUUGCGCUCGGAGGCAUCUAUGCAGCCAUGGUAGCGACUCAGGAGCUGGAGUGAAUACGGGAGUGAAUACGGGAGUGAAUACGGAUGUGCCGGCGUGUGCGGUUAGUGUGCAAGGGCAUUGUUGACUCUGCGUUUGCAUGGGGUGUAUUAUAUACGCAUGUAUUUGUAUUUGGUUAUGGAUUUAUCCAGCCGG